AUCUUCAGAAAUCCUAUUUUAAAGUCCGUUAAUUUUUGUCAUUUUCCUCAGUCCCAUCGUUGUGGCCGCCUCCCUCGAUAAUUUCGCCCCAAAAAUUCCUCUUUAUUUCGCCGUCUGAGAAAUUAAGCGGCGAAGCAUAUGCAACCAUGAUUUCCAUACUCGCUCAGGAGCGACUGCUUGGUGCUGCAUUGGGGAGCGUAUUCGCCGGGGUUGUCGUUUUUGAGCAACGGAAAAGCUUAUAUAGGUCCAUUUCGGAAAAUUAUCCGCCCGCCAACCAAUCUCCGAUGAGAAAACCUGUAGUAGCAAAGAAAUAUGGUCCAGAGGUUUCGCACCUAUGGAAUAGAGCUGUUGACCAGACAUUUGGACCCAUGAUUCAGGCUCUCAGUUCGCGGGGAUGGUGAUAUGUUGAGAAUGAUUUCUUCAUCAACGUAUUUAAACAUCAAUUCAUGAAAUAUGUAAGGAAACGAAAUUAUAAAUUUUGUAUUUUUCGCAUUCUGGAUUACUAAAGGAUUGAUGUUAUGAAUGGAACAAAGCCAUGACUAUAAAGGUUUACAAAACAAUAAAACCUUCUUUUUUCCCGGAAA